UAUUACAGUCUAGGGCUUGCUGCUGAAAAGCCCGCUGGAUCCUCCACUGACCUGCUGUUCUUUCCUGCCUUCCUCUUGCAUUUUUUUUUCCACAUUUAGAUUAAAAACAAAGCCCUCACUCUCUCCUCUCCCCUCCCUCCUCUUCCUCCUUCUUCCUCUUCUUUUUUUUUUUUCCUGCUGCAGUCAAGACUUCAGCGUGUCAGAGAGAGGCUGCAAAGGAGGAGAAGCAGAACGGAGGACUGUUUCUGCGUGUUUAUGUUUGGAUGAUUCACCAACAGACUGUGGGGUGAAGGAGGAAGAGGAGGACGAGUCCAGGGAGAGGGGAGUCUGCCUGCAUGAGAUGUCAUCAUGCCUGGACCCUAACUGAUCACAAGCUGAGGCAAAAGAGGGGAAAGACCCUGGAGGACAAGGGGAAACUGGGACUGUGGAAGGAGGAGGGAUUUUAAAAAGACUCGGUGACAUCAGGGCCGGCUGUGGGGAGGUGUGUGUUUGUGUGUGGGGGUGUGUGGCAGCGGAACCAGUGGAGGGCAGAGGAGUGGAGGGCCAGGGGACUAACCUGGCCAUCAAGCGGACUGGAAGCCUCUCCUCUCCUGGGAUCAUGUACCCUCAGGGAAGGCAUCCGGUCCCCCUGCAGCCUGGCCAGUCCUUCAAGUUCACAGUCCUGGAAACGCUGGAUCGCAUUAAGGAGGAGUUCCAGUUCCUCCAGGCUCAGUACCACAGCCUGAAGCUGGAGUGUGAGAAGCUGGCCAGCGAGAAGACGGAGAUGCAGAGGCACUACAUCAUGUACUAUGAAAUGUCCUACGGCCUCAACAUCGAGAUGCACAAACAGGCAGAGAUUGUGAAACGUCUCAGCGCCAUCUGUGCUCAGAUCAUCCCCUUCCUCUCUCAGGAGCACCAGCAGCAGGUGGUCCAAGCAGUGGAGAGGGCCAAGCAGGUCACCAUGGCUGAACUCAACGCCAUCAUCGGGCAGCAGCAGCUCCAGCACCUGUCUCACCACGCCCCUGGCAUCCCCUUGACGCCGCAUCCAUCAGGGCUGUCGCUCGGGGCAGGGGGCUCGGGGCUCCUGGCACUGACUGGCGCCUUGGGGGUCUCAGCUCAUCUGGCCUCCAAAGAUGAGCGCAAUCACAUCGACCCCGAACUUCUCAGAGAUGGAGCACCCAGCAGGAGUAAGUCGGUAUCGUCGACAGACAGCCAGCCCACGGAGGACCGUCAGGGUCCAUCGUCGGGAUUCUCCUCCUCUCAAGGUGGAGCCGAGGCCAAGAGGAGGCGCUGUGAUGACAAAGACGCCCUGCCUCCACACUCCUACGACAGUGACGGGGACAAAAGCGAAGACAAUCUGGUUGUGGACGUCUCCAACGAGGAGCCAAAUUCUCCUGCUGGAAGUCCUCCUCAUUCACCUCAUGGCAAUGGGUUGGACCGGGCCCCCACCCUGAGGAAAGAGCUCCCGGGCUCCUCAAGCACAGGAGAGGCUCCUGCUACCCCAAACCCCCGGAGUCCCACCCCAGGGAAGGCCAAGGAGUCUACGCAGAUGGAGAAGUCGCAGUCUCCGUUGUCCAAAUCUGGCACGCCGUCCCCGUCCCACCGUGAAGCUGUUACCCCGGGGGCACCAGGGGCCCCCGGUCCCAGCACCUCCUGCCUUCGCUUGGUCAGCAAAGCAGCGAGCAGCGCGGACCCCCUGGCUCUCCGCAGCCCCAUGUCUGUGCCCCUCGGUUCGUACCCGGCUCAUUUUGGCGUGGUGUCCCAUGCAGGACUGAAUGGGGAGCUGGCCAGCCCCGGAGGAUUCGGAGGGGCCCUGACCCUCUCCCCCCAGAUCAGCGCAGCAGCAGGGGCCUACUCCCGCAGCCCAAUGGUGGCGUAUGACACCAGGUCCCACCUGAGGGCUCCAGGGCUGUCCUCUUCUGUUCCCGGAUCCUCCGGCGGCAAACCCGCCUACUCGUUCCACGUCAGCGCAGACGGGCAGAUGCAGCCGGUGCCAUUCCCCCCCGACGCCCUGCUGGGGCCGGGCAUCCCGCGUCACGCCCGUCAGAUCCACACGCUCAGCCACGGAGAGGUGGUGUGCGCCGUGACCAUCAGCACCUCCACCCGCCACGUUUACACUGGAGGCAAGGGCUGCGUCAAAGUGUGGGACAUCAGCCAACCGGGGAGCAAGAGCCCCAUGGCCCAGCUGGACUGCCUGAACAGAGAUAACUACAUCCGCUCCUGUAAAAUUCUUCCUGACGGGCGAACCUUGAUUGUGGGCGGGGAGGCCAGCACGCUGUCCAUCUGGGACUUGGCCACGCCCACCCCACGCAUCAAGGCGGAGCUGACGUCGUCCGCCCCCGCCUGCUACGCUCUGGCCAUCUCCCCCGACAACAAGGUGUGCUUCUCCUGCUGCAGUGACGGAAACAUCGUCGUCUGGGACCUGCACAACCAGACGCUGGUCAGGCAGUUCCAGGGCCACACCGACGGCGCCAGCUGCAUCGACAUCUCCAACGACGGCACCAAACUCUGGACGGGAGGCCUGGACAACACGGUCCGCUGCUGGGACCUCAGAGAGGGCCGGCAGCUGCAGCAGCACGACUUCACCUCACAGAUCUUCUCUCUGGGCUACUGUCCGACAGGCGAGUGGCUGGCUGUGGGGAUGGAGAGCAGCAACGUGGAAGUCCUGCACGUCUCCAAACCCGACAAGUACCAGCUGCACCUCCACGAGAGCUGCGUCCUCUCCCUCAAGUUCGCCUUCUGCGGAAAAUGGUUCGUGAGCACAGGAAAAGACAAUCUGCUAAAUGCAUGGAGGACGCCAUAUGGAGCCAGCAUUUUCCAGUCCAAGGAGUCCUCGUCCGUGCUGAGCUGCGACGUCUCUCCGGAUGACAAGUACAUCGUGACUGGAUCCGGGGACAAGAAGGCUACUGUGUACGAGGUGGUGUACUGAGCACCAGCAUGAGAUGGGGGCAAGGAAGACCGCUUUUUUCUUUUCUUUUGUUUUUUUUUGGGGGGGGCGUGUUUCUCACUAUGGCAGCACAUCCGCAACAUCAGCACCACUGAGUCGGACUCUCUGAACCUCAGCUCUAAAUCUUCAGCUCUGCUCAUCAUUUGGCAUUAGUAGUAGCUCCUGAAGUCCCCCCUCCUCCCCCGUUUCCUUUCCUCCCCCACCACCUUUCCAAGUGAGGGAGUGAGGCAUCAAACUGGGGGCGAGCGGCAGAGCAGGAAGCAGCGCGAUAAGGAGGACAAAGGAGGUGAGCGGCGGAGUGUAAAGAUAAAGUUAUGAAGGGAACGACGAGGAGGAAGGAGGAGUAAUUAGGGCCGUUUCCUGAUUAAGAGCUCAGCGGAAGUGGGGGGCCCCCGGAGGAGGCGCGGAGCAGCACUGUGGGACUGCCAGCCAGGAGCACCGAUACCACGCCAUCGAUUCAUUAGCCAGACAGUGGAGGCCUUAAUGAGGCUGACGCCGCGGCUCCAUCUCCCCAGUGAGAGGUGUCAGGAGCCGGGGGAGCUGCGACGCCCCGAGAUGGAGGGGGGGGGGCGCGGCUCCGAUUUCCACAAACACUGAUGCGAAACACACCCACGCAAGCAGUACGUCAACGGGUCCCCCGUCUGCGUCACCUCCUCCAGGUAUGGAGGGGGGAGCACAUGAUGCUCCUAAUUAGGCAUUCAGCGCGGCGCUCCUCGUCUCGUUGCCUAAUAUCUGUUUUAUUUUCUCCUGACAAAGCCGCCGUCUAAUGAGCUGCAGAGUCGAUGGGAUUCUCCCAGGGCUCAGAGGCGCAAACGCAGAACAUCGGCGGAUCUGUUCCUUCUAAUUCUGCGCAUCGUUCUCCUGACACCGCGCCGCUCUCACGCUCAUCUCACGGCCCGGGGAGCCCAGGCUGAGGCGGCGGCAAAUUAACACCGUUCAAUUAUGCCAUCAUCAGCAGCUAAAUGAGCAACAACUGAUCUACAAAUGUCUUCACCUCCACGUCUGCCUGUCGGCUUCCCCCAGAACUUCAGACAAACGUUUGAUUUCAACUCUGAGGAGAAAAAAAAAAUCCAACCACGUUUUUUGGAGUUUAACAAUAAAUGGACUUAAUGGAUGAAUCGAUUUCUAUUUCUGUACCGUUAGAAAAUCAUUUCAAGAUGAAAUAAAUCAAUUAUUAUCAAUAUUGGAAAAUAACAUAUGGACUGAGGUACAGUAGGUUUGUUUUACUGUGAGGUAAAAACCACCCAAGAGCAUCACAGCAGACAGCAAACACACAUGUGUGAUAAAACUGAUCAACCAUCAUUCCAGUCCAAUGUGUGGACAGACUUGAAUAAAGUCAUGUGACCAUCCAGUGUCUAGAAUGUUCUAAGAAUGUUCCCUUUGGAUUCUUUGGAUGUGGAAAAACAACAGUCGACUGAACUUUAGGAAACUAACAUGUGAAUGGAUUUGACAUUCAUUUUUGGGUUUUUUUUUGGACACAUAUUUCAUUUACACUUGAUUGUCAUGCAGGAAAUAAAAGGAACCUGGAUCGAAUCGGAUGAACAAACAUCGACUAUGAAUCGUAUCAUCAAACGCAAAUUAUGAAAUGAAUGGAAUCGUUUAAGUGAAUCAUUUCACCCAUGAAGGUUUGACAUUCUUCAGUAAAAUGAAAACAAAAAUAUGCAAAUACCGCCCCUGCAUUUCUGGACACUUCAAAUAGUUGAUAGCGUGCAGCUUUCAGAAUCUGGAGAGGAAGUGCUUCUGUUCUGAUGUUUAACCUCAACUUCGAGGCGAUCAGUCAGAUUCUGCUUGUCCACAUUACUUACGCACAUCGACUGUAUCAGAGAACUGGAGUGACGUCACCCGUAGAAAACGGUUUACUUCUGGCUCAAACCAAUUAAGUCCAGAACCAAUCAACUUCGCUGGACGAUUAAGAAAAAUCUGCAAAUAGAAAUGACAUCCCACUCCAACGGAAAAUUGAGCAAGAAAAUGAGACAGAAACCACAAUCCAAAAAAUGACCACUGCAACUGUUUAGACGUAAAGGUUAAAGGUCAAAACAACCAAACGUUGAGGCCAAAUCUGAACGUCUGUCCGGGAUUUUCUACGCUGAAAAACUGCUUCUUCUUUACCGAUUCCUGGUUGCUCAUGUGAGGCCAUGAUGAGUCAGAAAAUCGCGGGAACAUCAAUGCUGGGGGGGAGGGAGGGAGAGAUACAUUUUUAUUAGUCUUUGUUUUCCUAUUGUACCUUUUUCUUCCGGGGGAGGUUUUGGGCUCACAGCAUCCAUAAAUCCAGUCUACAGAUUAAAAAAGCAAACCUCCAUAGAGAGGCCAAAUAUGCUCUCAAGUCCACUUUUUGUGAUUCUGUUUUAUCCCCCUUUUACCCCGAAAUGGUAUUACUCGUACUUUAGCCUGUUUUUAGUCCUGACUGUGUGGUUGUUCGCCUCUCGUUUCUGUUGAAGUCUGUGGCCUCAGGCUGACACUCCGCACCACUGGUCCCACUGCUACUGCAUGCUUGUUGCACUGAAGCUCCACUGCUGAAAAACACGAGCGGCGCCCCCGUCGUUCUCAGCGGGGGGAGAAGAGAAAAAAACUUUCACAUUGCAGUAUGUCAUUUAGUUUGAAGUCUCAGAUUUUAGCGUCUGUUUGUAGUUGCUGCGCCGAUGCAGAACAGAGGAAUUCUGGGAGCUGGAGUGAAUCCGUUUUCAAACCUUUUCCUGGGGGCGGGCAGCCCUCAGGCUCAUGUACCACUCAACAUGCUGAUGCUGUAUACUUGCUGUGCAUACGGUGGUGAAACGUGAGUGUUUGGGACAUUUGAUACUCUACUUAAAGUAUGUAACCUCUUUCUUCUCUGCCUUUGCUUUUGUUUUCCAUGUAAAGAUCUUUGUUUUAUUUUAUUUUUUGGUCUGUUUUUCACAAACUCAUUUCUCUAUUUUAAGCCAAGGAACAUUUUUUCAAAGCACUGUGUCUUCCCUCCUGAUCAUUUUCCCUUGUUCUGUACAACAAAUACAGUAUGUGGAAGAAUAAACCAGAUGUUCAUCCUUUCA